AUGGCGUUAGAAUUCAAUAAGACUCCAUGUUCGUCCUUAUCGAACACUCUAUUUGAGAUCAUCUCUUCUUGUUCGGUGGUUUCUUUCUCUAUGUUACUGCAAUUGAUGAACCAUCAUCUAUGUCAUAUCUCUAUAUCUACCGCAUACAUUGUCACAACGGUGCAUAUACAACUGUUCAGUUUACCAACCUGCUUUGAUCGUGUUCAUCCUCUAUCACAUCAAAUCAACGUGUCUGCGGCGUAUAUCAAUUUUUCCUAUUUAGUGCAUUUCUUUCUUUUUAAUAUUUUCCCUAGACGAGCAGAACAAAGGAGAGAGAGAAAAAAAUUUUCUUUUCUUUUCUGGCUGUUUCUUUUUUUUGUGUGUGCAUUGCAUCUCAAAACAGUUGUAAAAAAAAAAUUGCACAUAUAA